AUGGCGGAAAAUCCUAUUCCAUAUCUGAGAGGUGUCCGCACAAGGUAUCGUAACAUUCUGGAAACAGAAAUAAUUGUAACUAGAGAUUUAUUACAAAUUGAUCCUGAAGAUGUUGAACUGUCAGAAAGGAAAGUGUCAAAGUGUCUUAACAGGUUAGUGUCUUUUAGUGAUAAACUUGAAGUGCAGAGUGCAUCAUUGGCUAAAGCUAUCGGUGAUACUGAUACCGAAUUACUUGAGACUAUAGGAAAUGACGACACCAUAUUGUGUUCGGAUGCUUUGGAUUAUCAGUUAGAACUAAAGUACUACAGAGAAAAGCUUUUGUUUAAAAAAGAUGAAGGGUUAAUAAAAACGGAAAAUUUUGGUGAAUCAGACAAUACAACAAAGCAGUUAAUCGAGCUACAGAAGAAUAUGCAAGAAUUACUAGCAACACAAUUGCAAGAGGGCAAAAGCAAAAGGGAAAAGGAAAAUUCCUCCUCAGUUAAAUUACCGAAAAUUGAAAUGAUCACAUUUAACGGCGAUAAAACAAAAUGGGUCGAAUUCUGGGACUCAUUUCAGUGUUCAGUACACAACAACAAGACGCUGUCAGAUGUAGAGAAAUUUAACUACUUGAAAACAAAACUUAUUGGCGAAGCUCGUAUUGCCGAAGCAGGACUUACACUUUCGAAUGGAAACUAUAAAGUAGCAGUUGAUAUUUUAGAGAAAAGGUUUGGAAAUCCCCCAAGAAAUUAUUGA